AUGCCGGUGUCUACGGCUGACCUGGCUCCAAAUGUUCCCCAAGAACUCAUUAUCGACGUACUCUUACGCCUCCCAGCAAAAUCCGUCGGCAAAUUCAGGUGCAUUUCGAAGUCAUGGCGUUCUCUUCUCUCCGACCCUGUAUUCAUCAAAGCCCACCUCGAUCUCCACCUCCAUCACCCCCAAAAAUUUAUCCUCUCUUCUUCUCCUCCCACAAAAAAAUCAACUUUGUCCACCCUAUCUUUCAACCCCACUGGCAGCUUUGACAACGAUGGCGUUUCAAAAAAGCUCAGGCUUCUAGAGAACAAAUUGAUUGGCGCCACUAUUGUCGGUUCUUGCAAUGGGUUGGUCUUAGUUUCAAAAUUCAAGAGGAGGAGUCCCGAUACUAAGUACUAUUUGAUGAACCCCACAACCAUGGAGCUCGUGGGAAUACCCGCGAACCCUUUGGCUCCGUGGGCUCGUCGAGGUGGAAUUGCUCUCGUGGUUGCCUUCACGGGUUAUUCUACUGAAGUUUCGAUGAUGAAUAGGGGUUUUUAUAUGGAUGUUUGGAUGAUGAUGGAGUAUGGUGUUCAAGAAUCUUGGACCAAGUAUAGACCUAAUACGCACCCCGAUACGUGUCUUUCUUUACCUGUUUGCCUAUUGGGGGAUGAUGAUCUUGUUCUGCAUGUGCAUCAGAGUUUGCACAAACUUGUUGUGGACAGUCUGACAGGAGAAACUAAGAGGGACAUGUUGGUGACUGGCAUUGGAAAUGCGUUUAGGGAUGUAAAGGGCUUUUGCGAAAGUCUUGUAUCGCCUAUUUUCUACAGUCAGAAAUGGAACCAACAUAAACUUGGGGUUUGA